AUGCUCAAGUCAAAGUGGGCAACACAGCCCGACGAGGCAGACAAAACUCCAGCGCCAGUCGCCGACAGGGCCCCGCCAAAGCCACAACCACCGUCUGAGCCAGCAGCACCAGCACUAGCCCAGAGUAGUCAUGCAACGGUUGCCAGCGCGUCCUACGACCCCGCCUAUGACGACCCCUCAAUAGACCCAUUCGCUCAAACCGCAAGCACCGACGACCUAUUCUUUGACGAUGAUAUCACGCCUAUUGCUGAGCCAGUCGUCGAGGCAAACCCACCAGAGCUGCAGCCUUCCGCCCCCGAGUUUGUCCCUGAAGAGCCAAAGCCACCUGUCGCACCACAGGCGCAUUUGGCGCCGCAAGCCCCAAGAGAGCCCAGGAACAACGACAGAGGAAGCCGCGGCCGUGGACGAGGAAGGGGCCGCGGGAGGGGCCGUGGGGGCCAUAACACUGAUAUUCGGCUCGAACAAAACGACAAAAAGGCUGUCGAGGCGCCAAAAGAGGCGGAGCCAGUGACUGCGGACAAGGUCGCUACAGAAAAUGCUGACUCUUCAUCCGCCCCUCCAUCUGCUCCCACAGAACCAAAAGAAAAGCCAACCCACUCUGUGCGCGGCGACAGGACACUGACUGGUGGCGCCGCACGCACACGCCUGACCGAGGACGAAUUGAAUGCUAAGCUUGCCAACAUGCGCAUCAAGAACGAAGCCCGCCAAACCGCCCACGCUCGCGCCGAAGCCGAUAAGGGCAACUUUGAGGCUCGCGAAGCAGUCAUGCAGCAGCAGGACAUAGAGCGUAAGAAGGCACUAGCUGAGAAGCAAAAGGCCGAACGCCAGAGUCGUCAGCAGAUGAUGGGUGAGCGCGAGAGGAACCGACAGCGCAAGUUGAAAGCACAACAGGGCAGAGAGUGGGACUUGGAGAAAGAGGAUGGGUUUUCAGGCAUUGGAGACGACAAGCGCAGAGGUGCCGCCAGAGGUGCUCACGGCGGUAUUGCGCCCUCACGGCCAGCUAACAAUGGAUUCAACGGCGACGAUUUCAAUGAGCCUAUUUCGCAUUCUGGCCGGGGACGUGGCAGAGGCCGCAGUGGAAGAGGAGGCCGAGGUGGACGUGGCGACUAUGACGGAGCGGGAUCGAGAUCAGCAGAGCAGAAGAAGUUUGACAAUCCCCCGCCUUCUGCUGAGGACUUCCCAGAGCUUCCUCCAGCAAAAGGUAAAGCUGUUGAAACCAAGGAUCCGGAACCCGAACCCGAACGUCCAACUAUUCAGAAGCAAGACUCCUUUGGGUUGCCAUCGCCAAUGGAAAAGGGCCGUAGCUGGGCUGAUGAAGUAGGCUCAUAGAAAGAGCUAUUCCGAGAAGAGACCCCCGCAAGGGAAAUGCCAAGGGUAUACGUUGUAGAUGUGGAAAUCCAAAAAUCGGAUAUCACAGCUAUAGCGGCUGUAUCAGAGAAGGGACCUUAUACCGGUUAUGAAUGUGACAUUGACACCAACGGCAAGGAUGAUGAAAGAAAAGGGCAAAUGGCGAUAAAACUGUUCUCUGACGAGUCGGAAAAAACAGAUCGAGGUUCUGAGUGGUCCGAAAGCGGGGACGGUUCUUACGAAUCCCUUUCAACACAGCCAUUCCCAUCUCUGCGCGGCGGAGGCAGUUUAGAAGGAGCCAGUGAGGAAGACUUUUCAAGGUAUAUCUCCUUGCAGUCUUUCUUGCUCAUCGUGAGAAAGCUUCUGACCUCUUU